ACAAAAAAUGAUCUGUUUUGCCAUUAUGACCAUCAUUAUGUUUGGAGGAAAAAGGGUGAGGCUUGCAAGCCAAAGAACACCAUCCCAACCGUGAAGCAUGGGGGUGGCAGCAUCAUGUCGUGGUGGUGCUUUGCUGCAGGAGGGACUGGUGCACUUCACAAAAUUGAUGGCAUCAUGAGGAUGGAAAUUUAUGUGGAUAUAUUGAAGCAAUAUCCCAAGACAUCAGCCAGGAAGUUAAAGCUUGGUCGCAAAUGGGUCUUCCAAAUGGACAAUAACCCCAAACAUACCUCCAAAGUUGUGGCAAAAUGGUUUAAUGGACUUAUGAGCUUGACGCAAGUCUUCCUCAAGAAAACACUGGGGAAGCAUGAUCUGCUCCACCCUAUUCCAGUCCUUGUCGCUGGACACUCCAGAGGUCAUGACUUACACAUCAACAACACUCCAUCAUGCCGAUAAACCCCCUCUGCUACACCUGAACCUUCUGUCCAAAAAUCUGCUGUUUCCCUAAGAGAUGCCAACCCAGGAUCCUGUUUCUGGGCCUCGAUAACAGCAUCCCGGCUAAACUGCUUACAGCCCCGCUCACCAAAUAGAUGUGAUGGAAUUGAAAGAGGAAAGUAAAGAACUGAAUGAAGUGGAGGAGAAAAAUAAUUAUCGGGAUCCACAUUUUACAACUAGAGAUUUUUCUUUUAGCUGCUCACAGACAGAAAUGUAUUCCUCGCAAAAUACAACAGGAGCCAGAAAUUAUUUCACCUGCCCUCAGUGUGAUAAGAUUUUCAAGAGGAAAGUAAACCUCAAGGUGCACAUUAGAAUUCACACUGGAGACAAGUCUUUUACGUGCUCUCAAUGUGGAAAGAGUUUCUGCAGUAAAGGAAGCCUGGGUAAGCACAUGAUAAUUCACACUGGAGAGAAGCCAUUCACCUGCUCUCACUGUGGGAAGAAAUUCAGAUAUCAAGGAGAACUUGGAAUGCACAUGAGAAUUCACACUGGAGACAAGCCUUUUAAAUGCUCUCAAUGUGGAAAGAGUUUCUGCAGUAAAGGAAGCCUGGGUAAGCACAUGAUAAUUCACACUGGAGAGAAGCCUUUCACCUGCUGUCAGUGUGGAAAGACUUUCAAUACUAAAGGCAGCCAUGAUGUGCACAUGAAAAUUCACACUGGAGAGAAACGUUUUACAUGCAUGCAGUGUAGGAGGAGUUUCCCAUAUCAAGCAUACCUUAAAAGGCACAUGAGAACUCACACUGGAGAGAAGCCUUUCACCUGCCCUCAGUGUAGAAAAUGUUUUACAGAGAAAACAACCUUUACAAAUCACAUGCGAAUUCACACUGGAGAGAAGCCGUUUAGAUGCAAUCUGUGUUGGACGAGUUUCAGAUGUAAACAGGGACUUACCAUGCACAUGAGAACUCACACUGGAGAGAAGCCUUUUACAUGCUCUCAAUGUGGAAAGAGUUUCUGCAGGAAAGGAAGCCUUGGUAAGCACAUGAUAAUUCAUACUGGAGAGAAGCCUUUCACCUGCUCUCAGUGUGGAAAGAGUUUCAAUACUAAAGGCAGCCAUGAUGUGCACAUGAAAAUUCACACUGGAGAGAGACCUUUUACAUGCAUGGAGUGCGGGAAGAGUUUCCCUUAUCAAGCACCCCUUAAAAGGCACAUGAGAACUCACACUGGAGAGAAGCCUUUCACCUGCCCUGACUGUAGAAAAAGUUUUACAGAGAAAACAACCUUAACAAGUCACAUGCGAAUUCACACUGGAGAGAAGCCAUUUAGAUGCAGUCGGUGUUGGAUGAGUUUCAGACGUAAACAUGGACUUACCAUGCACAUGAGAACUCACACUGGAGAGAAGCCUUAUGUAUGCAAUCAGUGUGAAAAGAGUUUCAUAACUAAAUAUCAUCUUGAAAAUCACAUGAGAGUUCACACUGGAGAGAAACCAUUUACAUGCAUCCAGUGUGGAAAGAGUUUCAAAACUAAAUGGCAUCUUUGUAUUCACAUUAGAAUUCACACUGGAGAGAAGCCUUACACAUGCCUCCAGUGUGGGAACAGUUUUGCACGUAAAAACAGCUUUAAGACUCACAUGAGAUUUCACACUGGAGAAAACCUUUUCAGGUGUCAUCAGUGUGACACACAUUUUACUUCUGCAACAGCCCUAAAAAUGCACCUGAAAAUUCAUGAAAAUGAGAGGCAGUACUUGAGUUCUCCUGCAGGAAAGCAUUUUAAAAAGAAGCAGAAAAAACAUGCUGCUGUGAGAGCUCACGUUUGCUUAGACUGUGGAAAGGCCUUUUCUAGAAAAACUAAUUUGGAACAGCACCAAAGGAUCCAUACAGGUGAAAGAACAUUCAGUGCAAGUGCUUAAUAUGUGGAAAGAGUUUCACAUGUUCCGGAAUCCUGAAAGUACACGAGCGUGGAUACUGGAGUGAGGCCAUGCACUUCAUGUGGAAAGAGUUUCAACCAAUCCUAUACUCUAAAGAUUCAUAGAAAGGAUUAUUAUUAUUAUAGUUUUCAUUGAUAUGAAAUUCAGAAGAAAAAAAGAUGGCAUUUUUCACUAAAAAGCAGUAAUAAUCUAAGAGGGUAAUUUGCUAUAUUGCAUUACCUGUAGUAAUCAAUGAGCUUUAAUUGAGCAUGUUUACAUGGAGGUUCUUACACCGAUUAUGCUUAAUAAGAAGACAACAUGUGUGAUCAUGUAAACGCAUGUAAAACGACUUUAUCAGGGUAAGGUCAUGAACGGUUUAAGAAUAAACCAAUCGACAUGGGUAGAUUUUUGCCUAUUAUCCUGAUGUUGCAUUGCAUAUAAACUCCUUAACUGGCAUGAGAACAACGUGAUUAUUUCAAAUCUCAUGUAAUCUGAUUUUGGGGAAUAACUAAUACCUUAUUGGUGCACAUGUAAACAAGCUCGGUGUAAGGGUUUGUAGGACGUUUGUAGUGGUUUAAUCAAACGUGUUAAACAAAGGAUCUAAUUUGAGUUUUUAAAAGCAAGCUGUGUGUCUGCGACUUAGAGGGAGCAGAUACACAUAUGUUUUACUUCAUUUUUUUAUUACUUUCAUAUUUUAUUAAUGUUAACUAAAAUCCAUUAAUUUUUACUUAAUACUUAUCAUAUUAAAUUCUUUUACUACUACUGUUUAAUCUUAUGUUGUAUGCUGCAUUGUCUUCAUAAAUUAGAGAUAUGGAAAUGUGUUCAUUUCAAGUUCUUUAAUGUCACCGGAUGAUGUUGAAAUACAGUAAUUUUUCAUUGUCUUUCCUUGGUAUAAUAACAUUUGUUGAAUUUGUGCCAGUCAGACAAAGUCACCAUUGAAAAAGACACAACUAAGAUUAUUCAAUAAACUGCACAUUUUACCACUACUUUGUCUCCUGCCU